UUCACAUUUUAGUAAAUCCAGUCAUGUCCAGCAGCAGCAGUAGUAGUCGUAGUAGUACUAGUAGUAGUAGUAGUAGUCCUCGCAGUCAUCACCAUGGCGGGGUGCAGUCGAGUGGCAAGGCGAUCGCCAAGCACAUGCGCUCAACCCAAGGCACCGAGUCCUCCGCCAAGCCAUCGCACGGCCGUGACGCGCGCAGCACCAGUGGCAGUGGCAGCAGUGGCAGUGGCGUUGGUGGUAGCAGCGCUGGCGAUGAUGGGCAUGAACGGCGCCGGGGCCAAGCUCAAGGGCCGCAUGGGAAGCGCAUCAAGCAGGACGACGACGCAGGCAGCCGCGGCCGAGAGCACCGCGAUGGCCGUGAAGCAAAGGACCGGAGACGGGCAUCGCACGAUGACCAGGCGGACGUGGUCGCGCGGGCAACGGCCAAGUCCGGUCAAGAUUCCUCCAAUGCGAAUCCAGUGCCAGCGACCAACGCAGAUGGAGACAAGAACGCCGCGCUGUCAGGAAACCUCAUGAAGAUGAAGUUUAUGCAGCGGAGGCAAGAGUCAGACCUGCGCAAACGACUGGAGCAGGAACAGCGAAAAGUGGUGGACGCGUCACACUGGACGUUGCCGCAUGAUGCCACUCCAUUAACGCAACAGGUGGAAUUUGAGGACAGCUUUGCAGGUUGCGAGGACUUGUCGGCGACUGGCCGAAGGUCAUACCAGAGCUUUAAUCCACAAGUUGAUAAACUGAACAAGGAAACGCACAGGCAAGCUACUCUGAAUGCAGCCGACGAGGAAUCAGUGACCAUAUCAGCAGCCGAAAUGUCCCAAACAAUGGCCGCGAAUCAGUCACAACGUCGCCAGCUUUCAUAAACUCGAAAAGAAAAGGCUAUCAAAAAAUGUCGAUGAAUGUGCAAUAAAUAACAUUAAAAUCAAA